CUCCGCCCUCCCCUCCCCGGGCUCUUCCCGCCGCCUCACCCGGCCCGCCCGUCUGCCUUUCCGUUCUGGCCGGCGGAGGCCGCACGCUCGGCGGCUUAGGCCGUGGGACCGUGGUCACACCCUUACCAGAAAUUCUUGGCUGGUAAUCGCGAAGCCGACAGGGAGCUGGGAGAACUGGAGAAAACCGCUCUAAUCGGACUUGAUUCUGGCAAGAAGUGGACCCUGCAUCGUAAUAACCAGCAUUUGCAAAGCGGUCUCAGAGGCCGUAGGGUGAUUCAUCUCAGAGAUUCCUCAAGAACUGAGGAAUCUCAGUUGCAGGACUCAUGCCCCAGCCUGUGCCCCCAUGACCAGGUGGUUAGCACUCCUUGUGCCUGCGACCCAGAACCCUGGCUGACCACAUUGAAGCAGGAUGCUCCAGCAGGUUAAUGGCCAAAGUUCAGGCUCUGAUGCCCAUGGCGGGGAAUCCCUCAGAGAAGACCUGCAGGCGUUCCUGGGCGGGGAGGCCCCGCUGCACCAGCUGGAUGACCUCACCAAGGUGAAUCCUGUGACGCUGGAGACAGUCCUGAGGUGUCUGCAGGCCCGGUACACGGCAGACACGUUCUACACCAGCGCUGGCUGCACCCUGGUGGCUCUGAACCCCUUCAAGCCCAUCCCUCAACUCUAUUCACCAGAGGUGAUGCAAGAGUACCACGCUGCUCCUCAGCCCCAGAAACUGAAGCCCCACAUCUUCACUGUGGGUGAACAGACCUACAGGAAUGUCAAGGGCCUGAUCGAGCCAGUCAACCAGUCUAUUGUCGUCAGUGGAGAGAGUGGUGCUGGCAAGACUUGGACGUCCCGCUGCCUGAUGAAGUUCUACGCUGUGGUGGCCGCGUCACCCACAUCCUGGGAAAACCACCAGAUUGCAGAGAGGAUAGAACAGCGAAUCUUGAACUCCAACCCUGUCAUGGAAGCUUUCGGGAACGCGUGCACACUGAGGAAUAACAACAGCAGCCGCUUCGGGAAGUUCAUCCAGCUCCAGCUGAACAGGGCUCAGCAGAUGACUGGAGCUGCAGUUCAGACCUACUUGCUAGAGAAAACUCGAGUGGCCUGCCAGGCCUCCAGUGAGAGGAACUUCCACAUUUUCUAUCAGAUCUGCAAAGGAGCCAGUGCGGACGAGAGGCUCCAGUGGCACCUCCCUGAGGGAGCCGCCUUCUCCUGGCUGCCCAACCCAGAGAGGACCUUGGAAGAGGAUUGUUUCGAGGUGACCAGGGAGGCCAUGCUUCAUUUGGGCAUCGAUGCCCCCACCCAGAACAACAUCUUUCAGGCCCUAGCUGGACUGCUGCACCUCGGCAACACCCGGUUUGCUGACUCCGGGAAUGAAGCCCAGCCCUGCCCACUGAUGGACGAUGCUAACUGCUCUGUCAGGACAGCGGCCUCACUGCUGCGGCUCCCAGAAGACCCUCUGCUGGAGACACUGCGGAUUCGAACCAUCAGGGCAGGCAGGCGGCAGCAGGUGUUCCGGAAGCCCUGCUCCCGGGCCGAGUGUGACACCCGUAGAGACUGUCUGGCCAAACUGGUCUAUGCACGGCUGUUUGACUGGCUGGUAUCGGUGAUCAACAGCAGCAUCUGUGCGGACCCUGACUCCUGGACCACUUUCAUAGGCCUGCUGGACGUGUACGGGUUUGAGUCGUUCCCCACCAACAGUCUGGAACAGUUGUGCAUCAACUAUGCCAACGAGAAGCUGCAGCAGCACUUCGUGGCUCACUACCUCAGGGCCCAGCAGGAGGAGUACACAGCUGAGGGCCUGGAGUGGUCGACUGUCAGCUACCAGGACAACCAGACCUGUUUGGAUCUCAUCGAGGGGAGCCCCAUCAGCAUCUGCUCCCUCAUAAAUGAGGAAUGCCGCCUUAAUCGGCCAAGCAGUGCAGCCCAGCUCCAGACACGCGUUGAGAGUGCCCUGGCGGGCAGCCCCUGCCUGGGCCACAACAAGCUCAGCCGGGAGCCCAGCUUCAUCGUGGUGCAUUAUGCGGGGUCCGUGCGGUACCACACCGCAGGCCUGGUGGAGAAGAACAAGGACCCCAUCCCCCCUGAGCUGACCAGGCUCCUACAGCAGUCCCAGGACCCCCUGCUCAAGGUGCUGUUUCCUGCUGACCCUGAAGAGAAGUCCCAGGAGGAGCCCUCUGGCCAGAGCAGGGCCCCUGUGUUGACCGUGGUGUCCAAGUUCAAGGCCUCCCUGGAGCAGCUUCUGCAGGUCCUGCAUAGCACCACACCCCACUACAUUCGCUGCAUCAAGCCCAACAGCCAGGGCCGGGCGCAGAUGUUCCACCAAGAGGAGGUCCUGAGCCAGCUGGAGGCCUGUGGCCUCGUGGAGACCAUCCACAUCAGUGCCGCCGGCUUCCCCAUCCGGGUCUCUCACCGGAACUUCCUGGAGCGGUAUGAGUUACUGAGAAGGCUCUGUCCUGGCGCAGCCCCCAGCCCCCAUGGCCCACCUCCAGACGAAGGGCGCCCAGAAUGGUCUCCAGGCUCCGAGCAGGCCACGCUGCAAGCCCUCCUCCAGGACAUCCUCCACACUCUGCCAGCCCUGGCUCGGGCACCAGCUGAGGCCACACCGGCCCCAGUGCACUGUGGCAGGACCAAGGUGUUCAUGACUGACUCCGCGCUGGAGCUUCUGGAACACGGGCGUGCCCAGGUGCUGGAGCAGUGUGCCCGCUGCAUCCAGGGUGGCUGGAGGCGACACUGGGGCCGCAAGCAGGAGAGGCAGAGGCGGGCCGCCGUGCUCAUCCAGGCAGCCGUUCGUUCCUGGUUGACUCGGAAGCACAUCCAGAGGCUGCACGCAGCUGCCACGGUCAUCAAACGCACGUGGCAGGAGUGGAGGAUCAGAAUGGCCUUCCUUGCUUCUAAAGAACUGGAUGGUGUGGAAGAACAACACCCGUCUCGAGUCACCUGUUCCCCGAGCUCCUUUCCACUGCCCCAGGCACAGACCCGGCUCCUGGGGGCGGCAACCCGCUUCUGGCCCCUGGGACUGGUCCUGGCCAACGCCGCUGUGGGUGCUCGUGGCUUCCGGAGGAAGCUGGUGGUCUUCGCCUGCCUCCCGCUCCCCGUGGGCAGCCCCAGCAGCUACACUGUCCAGACAGCACAAGAACAAGCUGGAGUCACGUCCAUCCGAGCGCUGCCUCAGGGUUCGAUAAAGUUUCACUGCAGAAAGUCUCCACUGCGCUAUGCUGACAUCUGCCCUGAACCUUCGCCCAACACUGUUACUGGCUUUAAUCAGAUCCUGCUGGAAAGACACAGGCUGGGCCACGUGUGAUCUCUCCUC